AUGGCGUUUGGGUUCCUCCCCCAAGUUAAUGACUACAAGGUAGUGAGGAUUUUGUGCGAGGGGUUAGAACCCAGAACAACUGAAGUGUACAGUACAAGCACCGACUCUUGGAGAAGAAUUGGUGUUGCCCUGCCUUCAUGUCAUUUGAUUGGUUGUAGAUCCGCCGUCGUCAAUGGAGCUGCAUAUUGGGUUGCACUGAAGGAAACUGAUGAUGAGGGUUGGCGUUAUUUACUUGUGCGUUUCGAAAUGGGUGAUGAAGCUUUUGAAGAGGUAAGCCUGCCGGCUGCGAUUGCUGCCGGAGGUAGAUGCCCGAAAAAUAUUUCAGUUUUGGAGGAAUCACUGUAUCUUUUCAUACGUUGUGAUGGGAACUACUGUUAUGACGUAUGGACAACGGAGUAUGGUAAAAUGGGUUGUUGGACAAAACGAUAUGUUGCUAAUUAUUUCAACAACCCAUUUGUGGGUUUUCAAUGCAUGAGAAAGAGUGGUGAACAGCUACUAUUUAACCCCGGGAGCCAUGACAAUCUGGAAUCUUAUAAUUUUGAGACCCAAACAACUAAGGAUCUAGGAUUCCAUGGAUAUAAUUUAUUAUCGUCAUGUUCUUGUGUGGAGAGUUUGAUUCAACUUGAUGGUGCACAGAGUAUUUUUCCACUUGAUAAUGGAAACGCAUCUUAUGCAGCUAUUUACGAGGAACGAAGUAACCAAGAAAGGGUAGGAAGCUAG